ACCUAAGUCAGCCUGGUAUUGUUGCAAUUGUUGCUAUGCUUGGUCUCGCUUUUGCAUAUAUUGAUCACGCUCUUGUAUAUAAUAAUAAGAGUUCUAUUGCUUAUUUACAAGAUCCUGUUGCAGAUUA